AUGGUGAAUUGCCAUGGGCAAGAAUGUUCUUUUGGGGGAAUAGACCUUCAGCAUUGCAUGGAUUCGGGGAAAACUCCGUUCUCUCUCGUUUCUUGUUGUGUAAACCUUAAUCAGGUGGUUCAAGCUGGCUAUUAUUGCUUCUGCUCCUUCUUAGGCCCUUCUAAUCCUCUCUUGGUUUCCAAGAUUUCAGUUCUCUUGUCGAACUGCUACAUAUCAACGCCUUCUGAAUGUCACGAUUCGUUUACUGAGCUCCCCCCACCAGGGCUUCCAGUGCAGGUUCUAAAUCAGCCACCGGCUAGUCCAGUGUCAGUCCUGAUGCCACCACCUUCUGUGUCGAAUGAUUUGUUUGUGCCAUUGCCUCCGAAAGUCAGCGGAGUUCCUCUAAAUUCAAAGCCAGGUAAUUCUUCCAUAGUCGACGGGGAACCAACUUUGAGCAGUAAUCCUGUCCCCAAGUCGAGCAUUCCUGAGCGCUGGGAUUGUGUAUCAGCAUAUGCUGCAGAUAUGAAAAUAUGUUUGCAACUGAGGAUCUUGCUACUCGUGGCACUUUUUUAUGUUUAUUAA